AUGGAAAUUGUGGACGCAAUCGUGGCUCUUCGCUCCAGAGGCUUGUAUGCGGAUAUACCAUCGAACAAGGAAAAGAUCUAUGCGCUUCUGGAUCAGUGGCGCCGACACAAGGAAAUUCGUCACCUGAACCUACCAUCGGCGAAGAACUUUCCUGAUAAGCCGGUUGAUCUUGAUGAGAUUAUCCGACUCACCAAUCUACAUAAGAUCAUGAAGUUCUGUCUUAACGAUUUUUGCAGCGCUGUGCAUCGCCCAGUGUGGAUUGAGCCAGAAGAGUGGAAGAACGACGUCUUACCGAUAUGUCUGUCUCGUACUGAGAAGACCCGCUUUCUCAGGGGCCUUUAUCGAGUACAGAUAUACGCCAAUAUUUUUGGCAAUAGGGAGUUCUACCCGGGUCAGAAAGAGCCAUCUCAGUAUAAGUUUAAUGACUGGGAGGAGGAGAAGACCUUUGAACCGAGUGAUGUCUGGCGUUUAUUCAUCAGCGCGAUGGCACCAUGGGAGUUUCAAGAGUAUGGAUGUGUGUGGCAAUACAUCUACGAGCGAUACAAGCAACCAUAUAAAGAGGUCGCUGACUAUUUUGAUCAAUUCGAAUCUAUGCCACUUGGCUGGUUCAUAGCUGCAUACGAUAUUGAUCCUCUUCCAACGAACUGCACUAUUAUAGAGAGCGACAAUCUCUCCCAAUACCAAAAUCAUAACUUGGCUUGCUUGGCUACCAUGGGCCCAAUGUUCUUUUGCAAGUUCAUUCGCGAGCCGUGCUUUCUGCAUCGCCGGGAUCUAAUUGUGAUCCAUUGGCGGUUCAUGCCUUGGCAUUUCGGCGAAAUGUGGGAAUCUCUAGUUGACUAUGACAUGUAUCCCUUGCUAUAUCCCGGAUUCGAAUCUGCUGAUGACUUCAAAGAGACCGAAAGCUUGUGGGCAACUCUGUCGCCUACUGACAGACCGAAUAUCGCAUGUGAGCGGCUUUGGUUUACGGAGCCGCAGAGAUACUGGUCGAUCUAUUCUGUGGAGGCUGGGGGAGAGGAACACUGGAAAUGGGGAUUUGCCAUCUGGGACGAUGAGAGGCUGAUCGAAUGGAAGCGGCAGCUGUCUACCCCAUUGUCCACCCCUUAUACAACAGAGUACGCGGUGGAAACGAGGAAACCGUCGCAGGAUUAUAUCAUAUUUACAGGGUUACCCUCUUGA